AUGUUAAAAAUCAUUGGUCAUUUCUUAUCACGUGAUCACGUGCCUGUUUACCAUCAAGAAAAACUGAACCACUUGAUGCACCCAAUUUCUUUUUAUCUGAAAAGUAAUAAAAAUAAGACAUCCGGCCCAGCCGCCUUUGGUCGAUUGUUGCGCGCGCGCUACAAUUGGUAUUUUGACAAUUGGCGCGAUCUAUCUAUCUACCUAUCUAUCUAUCUAUCUAUCUCAUCUGUUCCUAUCUAUCUAUCACAGUCUGUUUCUUUUUAUCUAUCUAUCUAUGGCAGUCUGUUCCUAUCUAUCUAUCUAUCUAUCUAUCUAUUUAUCUCAGUCUUUUCCUAUCUAUCUAUCUAUCUAUCUAUCUAUCUAUCUAUCUAUCUAUCUAUCUAUCUAUCUAUCUAUCUAUCUCAGUCUUUUCCUAUCUAUCUAUCUAUUUAUCUCAGUCUUUUCCUAUCUAUCUAUCUAUCUAUCUAUCUAUCUAUCUAUCUAUCUAUCUAUCUAUCUAUCGCAGUCUGUUCAUAUCUAUCUAUCUAUCUAUCUAUCUAUCUAUCUAUCAAACCUAAUCGAUUCUAUCGCAGUCUAUUCAUAUCUAUCUCAGUUUGUUCAUUAUAUCUUUUCUCUCUCUCUCUCCUCUCCUUAUCUCUCUCUCUCUUUCUUUCACUCACUCACUCUCUCAUCUAUCUUAUCUGUCCAUCUAUCUCUCCCUGCUCAUAUCUGGCUUCCUUGUCGAUCUGCUUGUCUUUUUUUCUUUCUUUUUUCUUUUCAGUUUCUUUUUCUUCUCUUCGUUAUUCUUUUCAUCAAUUUUUCUUUGUCUUUCUUUCUUUCUUCGGUAUGAGGCCGACAUCUUAA